AUGGUCGGUAGCAAUGGUGUCAAGGGGACCAAGGGCAUACAGCCCGCCUGCUACUCGCGCACCAUUGAGGUGGCCAACACGGUCAUCUUCCAGGGCGCUGCUGGCAUCGCCCACAUUUGCGCCCUGCUCAUGACUGUCAUUAUGAUUGUCCACGUUCGCAGCAAGUUUACUGCUGUCGGUCGCAAGGAAAUCAUCAGUUUCUUCUGGGGCUACUUCUUGCUCACCAUCGUCUCGCUCCUCGUCGACUGCGGCGUCGUUCCUCCCGGCUCUGGCGCAUAUCCCUGGUUCGUCGCUGUACAAUGCGGUCUCUCUUCUGCCACCUGCGUCUCUCUUAUGAUUGCUGGAUUCGUCGGCUUCCAAUUAUACGAAGAUGGUACAUUUCUCAGUGUCUGGCUACUCAGAAUCUGCUCUGCCACCAUGUUCGCCAUUACCUUUAUCAUCAGCAUCUUGACCUUCCAGGGCUGGGCCGGUCUGGGUCCUGACAACACUGUCGGCCUCUUCGUCGUGCUUUACAUCUUUAGCGCCAUAUUCCUCGCCGUCUAUAUUGUCAUGCAAAUCCUGCUCGUUGUAGGAACACUCCAAGACAGAUGGCCGCUAGGUCACAUUGCCUUUGGCAUCUUCUUCUUUGUUGUCGGCCAGGUCCUGAUUUACGCAUUCGGCAAGUCUGUCUGCGAGGGCAUCGCCCACUACAUGGACGGUCUCGUCUUUGCCACCGUCUGCAACCUCCUUGCGGUUAUGAUGAUCUACAAGGAAGAUCUCGAGUUCUCAGUUGGCGCCAGAGUCAACAACUGGGAUCUCAAGGCCCAACUUCUCAACGAAGAGGAGAAGAGAGCAAGCAUGAUGUAUGUGGACACCGAGUACGACAGCAGUCUGUAUCACCAAGCCCCUCGUCAACAGUCCAUAUACGGAAGCUCCAACGGCAACUAA